AUGUAUCAAAGUCCGCCAAUCGCUAUCGGGGCACGACGUGGUGCUCCCGGGACUCAGUUGUGUUUUCCGUUAAUGACGAACGACUACACGCGGCGGCGCCAACACUUUUGGGUAAAGGUCGUUUACGUGCAUUACCAGCUCCCAAAGGUUCCCCAGCCUUUGCAACGUCACCAAGUAUGCCCUAGCCGCCCUCAACGCAAGUCCGUCUUCAAGUUGCGGCGUGUUUACUGUCAAUCUUCCAACCGCUUCAACACGUUACCGCCUUCAAUCCACCUUUCCAAUGCUCAACACGACGUAUCAACGUCUGCCGAACGCGUUGGGACGUCGUUGACCUUGUUGAAAUCAGUUGCAUGCUGUAGCUUUCGGAUAAAGGUUGUUUACGUCCGUUACCAGCUCCCAAAGGUUCCCCAGCCUUUGCAACGUCACCAACUACAUCAACUACGCCCUGAUCACCUUCAACGCAAGUUUCAUCGAGCCGUACUGUUGAUCUUCAAGUCGUCGUCCGCCCAACACCCUCUCUACAUGCUGGCAAGUUUUUUCGACUGUUCCACAGUGUCUUGCAUCCCUCCUGGCACCAAGACGACAUUUCGUCUUCUGCAGAAUGGCCCCAUGCCACCCUCUAUCUUCCGGAACUCUUCCACCUUUCUAUGGCUCUCUGAGGCUUUGAGACGACGUAUCGCCGUCCGCGAAACGCCCUCUCUAUGCAUGGGAUGGCAAUGGUAG